AUGUACACGACUGUUCCCAUUUACACUUUCAAUUAUUUCACGCCGGCUAUCCCAGUUGGCAUGGGCUACAGCGCCGGCAUCGCUAAUGCCCUCUCUACGCCCCCUGCCAUCGUGGCGAUGAUCGCUGCCUUUGGCUUUGCCUGGAUCGGAGACAGAUACCAAGACCGCGCACCCAUCAUUGCCGUCCAAUCCGUGAUCUGUUUGAUCGGACUCAUGCUCGUCGCCUACGCACAGAACAACGGUGUCUGCUACUUUGGCGUGUUCCUUGGCAUCAUGGGCAGCCAAGGCAACGUACCUGCCAUCCUCACCUACCAGGCCAGCAAUGCCCGCUUGCAGAGUAAGCGCUCGACGGCCAGCUCUUUGCAGAUAUAG